CGGCCUCUGCGGCGCGGUCCUCGGAGACACGCGGCUGCGUUCUGUGCUGGUCAUGGCCGACUACCUGAUUAGCGGGGGCACCUCCUACGUGCCAGACGACGGGCUCACAGCUCAGCAGCUCUUCAACUGCGGGGAUGGCCUCACCUACAAGUGCGGGCCUCUCGGGCUUACCCGCGCGAAGAGAGGGGCGUGACUUUCUCAUUCUUCCUGGGUACAUUGACUUCACUGCAGACCAGGUGGACUUGACCUCUGCGCUGACCAAGACUAUUACUCUGAAGACUCCACUGGUUUCCUCCCCCAUGGACACAGUCACCGAGGCUGGGAUGGCCAUAGCUAUGGCGCUUACUGGCGGAAUUGGUUUCAUCCACCACAACUGUACACCUGAGUUCCAGGCCAACGAAGUUAGGAAAGUAAAGAAAUAUGAACAAGGAUUUAUCACGGACCCUGUGGUCCUCAGCCCCAAGGAUCGUGUGCGGGAUGUGUUUGAGGCCAAGGCGCGGCAUGGCUUCUGUGGUAUCCCCAUCACAGACACUGGCCGAAUGGGGAGCCGCUUGGUGGGCAUCAUCUCCUCGCGGGACAUUGAUUUUCUCAAGGAGGAGGAGCACGACCGUUGUUUGGAAGAGAUCAUGACAAAACGGGAAGACUUGGUGGUGGCCCCUGCAGGCAUCACAUUAAAAGAAGCAAAUGAAAUUCUGCAGCGAAGCAAGAAGGGAAAGUUGCCCAUUGUAAAUGAAGACGACGAGCUGGUGGCCAUCAUUGCCCGGACAGACCUGAAGAAGAACCGCGAUUAUCCGUUGGCCUCUAAAGAUGCUAAGAAGCAGCUGUUGUGUGGAGCGGCCAUUGGCACACAUGAAGAUGACAAGUACCGGUUGGACUUGCUGGCCCAGGCUGGUGUGGAUGUUGUGGUUCUGGACUCUUCCCAGGGAAAUUCCAUCUUCCAGAUCAACAUGAUCAAGUACAUCAAAGAGAAAUACCCCAGUCUACAGGUCAUUGGAGGCAAUGUGGUGACUGCUGCUCAGGCCAAGAACCUCAUUGAUGCAGGUGUGGAUGCCUUGCGGGUGGGCAUGGGCAGUGGCUCCAUCUGCAUCACCCAGGAAGUGCUGGCCUGUGGACGGCCCCAGGCAACAGCUGUGUACAAAGUGUCAGAGUAUGCACGGCGCUUUGGGGUCCCAGUCAUUGCUGAUGGAGGAAUACAAAACGUGGGUCAUAUUGCCAAAGCCUUGGCCCUCGGGGCCUCCACGGUCAUGAUGGGCUCCCUCUUGGCUGCUACUACUGAGGCGCCUGGUGAAUACUUUUUCUCUGAUGGGAUCCGACUGAAGAAAUACCGUGGUAUGGGUUCUCUUGAUGCCAUGGACAAGCAUCUCAGCAGCCAGAACCGAUAUUUCAGUGAAGCCGACAAAAUCAAGGUGGCCCAGGGAGUGUCUGGGGCUGUGCAGGACAAAGGAUCCAUCCACAAAUUUGUCCCCUACCUGAUUGCGGGCAUCCAACACUCCUCUCAAGACAUUGGUGCCAAGAGUUUGACCCAACUCAGAGCCAUGAUGUAUUCUGGGGAACUCAAAUUUGAGAAGAGAACAUCCUCAGCUCAGGUAGAAGGUGGUGUCCACAGCCUCCAUUCGUAUGAAAAGCGACUUUUUUGAUCCAGCAACCCCUCCUCGGUUUUUCAAUAAAAGCUUGAAAAAAGUGAUGCCUGGUUUUUGAGGUCAGCUGGAAGGGUGGGGCUCUGCAGCUGCCACCACCACAGAUGCACACGAACACGACUACCUCAUUUCCAGGAAGAGCCCUGAGAUAAGGGUGCUCCAUGGUCCUGGAAGAGUUCGAGGUGUCCCCCCUUGAGGCUGCCCACAGGGCUUCCUGGUAGCCCAAAGCUUGGCCACACGUCACCAGAUCAAGACCCAUGUACAUGUUACCUAAUUUGAAUCUCUAAAGGACCUUGUGGGGAAAGAAAACAUUGAGAUCUUUUCUAAUCUGCAUGUGAACAAAUAGGCAAAUCAGGCUUGGGAGAGAUGCACAUACUGCCUCCCUGCCUCUGGAGGGCCAGGAGUCUCACAGAGUCUAGAUGAAAAAAAGUGACCCCUUGGCUCUUUCACAGUCCCCACUGAUAGCCCACUGAGCCAGCGGUCCCUAGCCAACAACACAUCUAGUACAAAACAGGAGAAAUGGUUAUUAAUAGUCUGGCCAACAAGUGUGAAAAUAUUGGGAGCUUGUACCCCAUGGAAAGGGCUAGGGCCUUCCUGGAUGACAGGUCAGUUCCUACUGGUUCAUUCUGCAGCCUGGGCCAGAGAUGGUGUGAGUGCAGUCUGUCCAGGUGGUGGGAUGAGAGCAGCUCCUGCCACACGGCCUUCAUGACACAGGAAGUUGAAGGUGGCACAGGCAUUGGGCUGCAAGAGAAUGCAGGUGUCAGCCUGGCUUUGGCUAGGCCUGGGCUUCUGGCAGCUUGCCCAAGUCCUGGUCCUCACCGUGUCCUGCACUUCCACAGCGAUGCCCCGUUGUCUUACGGCUUGAAGCACCUCAGGCUGCAGCCGCUCCAUUCGGUCUCCUGUGCCCACCACAACAAUUUCUAGGGAGGGAUAGGCACAGCUAGUCUACAACCUCGUCUGUUUAGAUCCUGGGGUAGGGGUGGCCUUCUGGGGCUCAGGACAACGCAGCCCUGCCCUCCCCCCAUACCUAUCCGGGGCUCCAACAUCCAGAAGAGGGAGAAACUCUCUUCAGUGAUGUCCUGGUGGGAUCCUACCUGUGUGAGGAGGAGGCAGUUUCAAUAGGAAAACCAAAUUCCUGCAGCUUCCUCCCAGAUCCUUCUACACCACUACGGGGCAGCAGAGAAACGCCAAGUCUGCCAGGAACAGAAACAGGCCGGCCUGAGACUCGCGCUCCUCGUAGGGGAAAGACUCACGUUCCACUGCACCACGGAGUGCGGGAGCAGCGCGCAGGGCCCGAGCACGCGGUCUCCGUUAACGGUGAAGCCGCGGCUGCUGUAGCUGUCGAUGCACAUGGUGUGCGGUGACUCGCGUUGCAGCAGUGAGAUGCGCGUCCGCUGGUACAGCUCGUCGUCCGUUGGCGUGAGCCGAUACCCACACCGUGGGGCCCUGCAGGAGGGGUACGGUCAGGGGAGCGAUACUCCGAAUCACCAAAACUGGGAAGAAACAGGGUGUGGGGGCGGGGGUUGGAAGGAACGGGGCCCGGGGUCGGUGGUCAUUGGGUGCGGGAAGGCUCGGGGUGCGGGUGCCGGUCUUCGGGGGCGUCAAGGAACGGGGCGCAGGGUUCGGGCUCACCACAGCAGCUCGGUGGGCGGACAGCGCAGGGCGGGACGCGCCCGGUACAAGCCCCGAAGGGCAAAGGCGGCAGCCAUGACGAACCGGAGCCUAGAGGAGCUGGCGUCGGUUUGGCGAGGCUGUGACGCAGCCCGACACAACGCGGAUACAGCGCCCCCUGCGGCCCGGCCGGCACAGCGCAGUUCGGCCGGCCCAGUCGGGGAAGAGGGAGCCGGCCAGUGCCAUCUGUCCCGGGAGGGCGUGUCUCCCGGCGCAGCUCCGGUGUCAGCACCUACCGCCCGCCCCUCCCCGGGCCCCCGCCGGCAGUCCCAGGGGAGCAGGGCACCUGGCGGCGUGGCUGGCCUCACGGCACAGACUGGGCCCCAGCCGCGGCCUGCUGCCUCGGCUCUCAGCCAUUACGAAGGACUCCAGGGGCCCAGGGCGGGGCGGCCGCGCACCUGGUCGUGGCCUGCACACCUGGCCAGGGCGUGGAGCCAGCCUUCGAGUCCCUCUAAUCCCCAGCUUUGGGGCGUCGGGUUCCAGGGGCGAGGCGGGCGACUCAGGUUUCUCCGCCUCACCACCGAAUCACGCCCCUCCUCAACCGUCAUCCCCGCGACCGUUGACGGCGCCGCCGCGCGCCGCGGGGGGCGUGGCCGCGCGUGGAUUGGCUUCACGGGAGUGCGAGGGGGUGUGGCCGGUGGCUUCACCUUAAAAUGGCUCCAAGGCUGCGUCCAGAGCAAGCGGAAGGGGACGCCGCGGAAGGGCUAGUGGUGGCUUAUCGAUUGGCAGCCAUCGGGCCGGACCGGACCAGACGUUGAGCUAGACAGCGGCUGAAGCGUCGCCGUGGCCUCGCCCGUUCUGCUUGCGUCCCGAGAGUUCCCGCCCCCAUCUUGAGCCGAGUCAGAAGGCCUGCUGGCGCGAGAGGCGCUGGCGGCCCCGCGGGGUUCGGGCAUCUUCGCGCGUCAGCCUGGCCAUGGCCUCGGGGGAACGUGGCCGCGUCUCCUACCGGUGUGGCCGGGAGGACGGGCGGGCGGCUAGACAUACCGGGGCCUUGCUGUUGGUCGGCCGGAGCCAGUCCACAAUGGGCUCCCGGCGGUCCCGCCGCCGCCAUGUGGGCUCGUUUGGCCCCUGGCGUUUCGGGCGCUGAUAGCGUCACCGGACAAAGGCCCGGACGCGGGGGUGCCCCAAGGCGGGCGCGCGUGGGCUCACUUCCUCCUCAGCCCGGCGGGUGCGCUUCCCUCUUGGCCGGUCUUGAAGCCCUCCCCACCACCGGCCCUGUAGCCCCGGCUGCGUGGGACCCGCAGGACUAAUCUUGUCCGGUGGAUCUAAUCCGGAUGGGGACCCGGUCCCAGGGGAGGCCCGCACCCCCCCACCCCCCGGGGUUAGGAAUAGGGGAUUCUGGUGUGGCACGAAGGCGAGGGACCUGGGGGCAGGAGCUCCCUCCCCCCACGGCGGGACAGCGGGCAACGGAAUCCCAAAAGCAGCUGUUGUCUCCAGAGCAUUCCAGCUGCGCUUGGAUUUCGUUCCCUGCUCUCCUGCCUGAGCAGCGUCUUGGCCCAGAUGGGGUGGGCUAGUCGUGACCCCCAGAUAUACUUUGCCGGGCCGCUCUGGUCUCCCCCCGUCAAGUGCGCCCUCAGGCUGAUGGUGACGGGUAUAGACGCGGGAGAGCUAGGACUGGUGGUUCUUUCUGGAACCCCGGAGAGCACUGGCGGGGGAGGGCAGGCCCAGGGCCUCUGGGUAGCGCUGCAA